CCAGCGUCUCCUCGGUCCAAUCCAGUUUCAGGCGAGAACACCGCUCCUGGGCGAAGAAGCUUGAGAGAGGCCAGGACGACUUCUCGGCAAGCUGCUGCCGAAACCCUCCUGUGCCCAGGCUUAGAGUCCUUGCUUGGCGCCCGCCUGCGUCCUCCUGAGGGUGCACUGUGCGAUGGCGGUUCCUGAGUUCCGGAGCCCACAGUGCAGGGCACUAUGCACGACGCUGCUGCUGACCCUCUGGGUCUUCAGUUUUGUUGGUGAAGCCUGUAAAGAGGUGACAUUCCAUGUACCUUCAACACUAGAGGCAGAUAAGAUCAUCGGCAGAGUUAGUUUGAAAGAGUGUCUCAGCUCGGCAGAUGGCAUCAUGCCAAGUGAUCCUGAUUUCAGAGUUCUAGAUGAUGGGUCAGUUUAUCCGACCAGAGCUGUUGUAUUGUCUGAUGAGAAAAGAUCUUUUACCAUUCAGCUUUCCGAUUCAAAGAUGCAGACACAGAAAGAGAUCACUGUAAUCCUGGAGCACAAGAAGAAGGUACUGAAAAAAAGACACACUAAGGAAACUGUCCUCAGAAGAUCCAAGAGAAGAUGGGCACCCAUUCCAUGUUCAAUGCAAGAAAAUUCCUUGGGUCCCUUCCCAUUAUUUCUUCAACAGGUUCAGUCUGAUGCAGAGCAGAACUACACAAUCUUCUAUUCAAUAAGUGGGCGUGGAGCUGAUCAAGAACCACUGAAUUGGUUUUUCAUCGAGAGAGACACUGGGAAUCUAUAUUGUACUCGGCCUGUGGAUCGUGAGGAAUAUGAUGUUUUUGAUUUGAUUGCCUAUGCAUCCACUGCAGAUGGCUAUUCAGCAGAUUUACCUCUCCCACUGCCCAUCAAAAUAGAGGAUGAAAACGACAAUUACCCUCUUUUUACAGAAGAAGUUUAUGCUUUUGAAGUUCCAGAAGGCAGUAGAUUUGGUACUAUAGUGGGAACAGUUUGUGCCACGGAUAAAGAUGAGCCUGACACUAUGCACACACGCCUCAAGUACAGCAUCUUGGAGCAGACCCCACCAUCACCUGGGCUCUUUUCUGUGCACCCUGACACCGGUGUCAUCACCACCGUCUCUCACUACAUGGACAGAGAGGUCGUGGACAAGUACAAACUGAUAAUGAAAGUUCAGGACAUGAAUGGCCAAUUUUUUGGACUAAUCAGUACAUCAACUUGUAUCAUAACCGUGCAAGAUUCCAAUGACAAUGCACCCACAUUCAGACAAAAUACUUAUGAAACUGCUGUGGAGGAAAAUACAUAUAAUGUUGAAAUCUUGCGCAUACCUGUAGAUGAUAAGGACAUGAUUAACAGUGCCAACUGGAAGGCAAAUUUCACCAUCUUAAAAGGAAAUGAAAAUGGAUGGUUCAAAAUCACAACAGACCCCAUGACAAAUGAAGGUCUUCUGUGUGUUGUGAAGCCACUGGAUUAUGAAGAAAAUCGUCAAGUGACCCUAGAGAUUGGCGUGAACAACGAAGCUCCAUUCAUUAAAGAUGUUGCAAACCGAAUUCCCACCAUGAACCGGGCUAUGGUUACAGUCCAUGUGAAGGAUCAGAAUGAGGGGCCAGAAUGCAAGCCCCCAGAGCAAUAUGUGCGGAUCAAAGAGAACUCAGCAGUUGGGUCUAAGAUCAAUGGCUACAAGGCCUACGACCCUGAAACCAAGAAUAGCAAUGGCUUAAGGUACAAAAAAUUGCAGGAUCCUAAAGACUGGGUCAGCAUUGAAGAAGUUUCGGGGUUGCUCACCAUAUCAAAAACCCUAGACAGAGAAAUAAUGGCUCCAAGAAAUGACAUGUACAAUAUUACAGUCAUGGCAAUUGACCAAGAGGGUAAAUCAUGCACAGGAACACUUGCAGUGAACAUCGAGGAUGUGAAUGACAACGCACCAGAGAUAAUUCAAGAUUAUAUUGUUAUCUGUAAGCCAAAGAUGGGGUACACGGACAUUUCAGCUGUGGAUCCUGAUGAACCUAUCCAUGGCCCUCCCUUUCAGUUCAACUUGGCAAACACCUCUCCAGAAGUCAACAGAAUCUGGACCCUCAACCAAGUUAAUGAUACAGCUGCCCGCCUGUCCUAUCAGAAAACUGCAGAUGUUCAAAUAUACAAUGUUCCUGUCACUGUAAAAGACAGAGCAGGCAAAUCUGCAACCAAAAUGUUGAGAGUUAACCUGUGUGAUUGUACUCAUCCUAGCCAAUGUCCGCUCAGAUCAAGGAGUGCAGGAAUCACCCUGGGAAAGUGGGCCAUCCUUGCCAUCUUGCUGGGCAUUGCUCUGCUAUUUUCGGUACUGCUAACUUUAGUAUGUGGAGUUGUUACUGCCCGAAAAGGAAAACAUUUCCCUGAAGAUUUAGCACAGCAAAACUUAAUUAUAUCAAAUACCGAAGCACCUGGGGAUGACAGAGUGUGCUCUGCCAAUGGAUUCACCACCCACACUGCCAACAACUCCAGCCAAGGCUUCUGUGGUACAAUGGGGUCAGGAAUGAGGAAUGGUGGGCAGGAGACCAUCGAGAUGAUGAAAGGACACCAGACCUUGGACUCCUGCCGUGUGGCUGGGCAUCACCAUACCCUGGAUUCCGGCAGGGGAGGACACAUGGAUACUGACAACUGCAGAUACACAUACUCAGAGUGGCACAGUUUCACUCAACCCCGACUCGGUGAAGACUCCAUUAGAGGACACACUGAUUAAAAAUUAAACAUAAAAGAAAUUGCAUGUGUGUAAUCAGAAUGAAGACCACAUCCCAUCCCAAGACUAUGUCCUCACCUAUAACUACGAAGGCAGAGGGUCUCCGGCCGGCUCUGUAGGUUGCUGCAGUGAAAAGCAAGAAGAAGAGGGACUUGACUUUUUAAACAACUUGGAACCCAAAUUUCUUACAUUGGCAGAAACAUGCACAAAGAGAUAAUGCCAGUGGGUUACAACUUGAGAUAACCUUAUCAGACAUUCCAGAAAUUUGAAACAAUGAUACUGUAAAACAGACUCAGUACUUACACAAAAUGGUCUUGAGUUAUGCUGGCUUGACAUGUGAUAUUCUGAGUGUAGUCUAGUGUAAAAUUGACACAUAUUCGGAAGAAACCAUUUGUGAAAUUCUGAUAUUUUCCAGGAGUUUUGUGCUGUGUGUAACUCUCCUGCCAGGUAAGGCAGGAACUGUGCUCCUGUGCCUGGUCUGUUAUAGGGUCACGAUCCUGGCUGUGUGCAGGGCAUGUAUCUUCAAGUACUGCUAAGGUAUACCUACAUUGUGUGGCCAAGAGCUUCUGCACAUAUUAUUUUCUCCAUUUUACAAUCUCCCCCUAUCAAUUUGCAUUGUAAAUGCAGCUUGUUGCUGACCACUUUUCAAAGAGUACAAGUGUUAAAACAGAGGACCAGAAGCGCUCAAGCUGUAGUAGUAGCGUUAAGUAAGGUCCACAGAGGACUCACCCUGCCAGGAGGAUAUUUUCCAAACAAAUGAAACUAUUAGUCUGAAAAUAGUUAAGUUGUACCACUAUCACAUCCUUCUAAGGAUGGUUUAAGAAACAAACAAAACACCAAGGAAGGAUGUUUCAGGGCAGAACAAACUUAUGAUGCAUUACAUUAAAACUUUUACAGAGCUGAAGAUCAGGGCCUGCCUCUUUAUAAUUUCUAUCAAAUACUUUAUUGGACUUUGGAAACAAACUUUUGUACACUGGCCUAAUGUGUACCAUUUUUCUGUUUCAGCACCUUCUGAAGCCAGUGUUUAUUUGUAACCAAAGUAUGCACUGGAAUGACAUUUAAAAUGCAAAGGAAACAACAAGGAAAAUGACAAUGAUUGAAAAUAAAGCUGGAGAUGGCUUAUCUUGUAACAAGAAAUCAGGAUCUUAAAGGAGUAGAUUCCCUUCUGCCAGGCUACUGUGGGCUGUGUGACACCUAAAGGUGUCAGCUUCUGCCUGCUUGAGUAAUUUGUUUAAAUUUAGAAACAUAUAUUGUAGUUUUAGUGGGGAAGAAAGAGACAGCCACAUGGAAGAGUAGAUUCAUUUUGUAGGAUAUAUAUAAAUUUGUGCAUUUAAACAUUAGCAGCCAAUUAAGAGAUUUCAGCCCUCAACACUGCUGGGGCCUGCAGUUCACAGAAAGGAUGUAGUUUUCUUGGGACCUAGUGUUGACAAACGCUGAAAUACAUGCUCUACCACUCUUUUCUUCUAUGUGUUCUCUCCUUUUCUUUUCUUUUCUUUUCCUUUCUUUUAUUUUAUUCUAGGUUAUUGGAUUACCUCUGCAUAUUGGCUGGCCUCAAAAUCUUAGUCCUCCUGUUGCAGUCUCUGGAUAUUAGAAUUAUAGGCAGGUACUGCCAUUCUUGUUAUUGAAGUAGAGCCAAUUGGUCUUGUCUUUUAAAGUUGGAGCUUUCAUGGUGCUGGGAGAUAGUGGGGAAAAUGUUGUUACCUUCUUGUGGACUCGGAAUCGUAGCUUUGUUUCCAGAACCCACUCAGACUUUAUGUGAAAGUAGUUCUGGCAGCUGUCCAGAGACCCAGCCCUUCUUUUUCCUGUCUGCCAUGGCUGUUUGAAAGCCCUGCAGCAGAUUCACUGAGCUGGCAAAUCUUCCAGAACUCUAUAAUCCUUCAGAGUGACUUUAGUUUUACUUUUAUCAGUUUGCUUUGUUAGAGGGGAUUUAUCACUUACAGAAGAACCAGGAAUUUUGGAUCUAUGCAGGCAGGACCUUUUUCAGACCUCUUCUCAUCUGGAAUAUGAAAUCAGGAAAGUGGGCUGCAAUGGGGGAUGUAACUCAGCCUGGCAUGGACAAAAUAAAGGAAUUGAGUCCAAGCUUUGCAUAAAACAGGCAUGAUGACAACAUGCCUGUAGCCACAGCACUUAGGAGGUAAGGAACAGGAAAAUUGAGGGAGUUCAACGUUCUCCAUAAUUAUGUGAGAAGCUUGAGGCCAGUUUAGGUUACAUGUGGUGAGUCUUUGAAUGGGCCAGAAUUGUUAUACUGGUCAAACUACAUGUGCAUCUAAGAUUCUGAUUAGAUUUUAAUUUUUUUUCCUGUUUUUAUUUUACCCCAAGGGUUACUUUCAUGAUAGAUUUUUGAAACAAUCAAUUUUUUUUGUUCACAGCAUCAUAUAAUAUUUUAUUCUUCUCACAUGUAUAGGUGAAAAUUGUGCUAUUUUAGUAAGAAAAAUCAGCUCUCCUUUUGUAACUCUUUCCUUCCCUCCCCUGGGUUUUUAUGUAAAUGUACAGUACAUUUUUUUUCUUACAUUUAUAAGGAAGAAGUUAACUGUCUAAAGAACAAGUGGAGUUUAUUUUUCAAUGUUAUAAAUAACUUUAAUUUGACAAUUAAAUUGCGUUUGAACCUUGUCAAAUAAAAACAAACAAGCCUUGAAUGUGU